GUCUAAUUUGGCCUAGGACGUGACUCUUUUUUCUUACUAAUUAUAAUUAAAACAAAAUAGAGAUGCUCUUGAGUAGGGAGAGCUCUUGGUUAUUCUGCCCGUGGUUUAAAUUAAAGACAGAUAGAGAGGAAAGCACCAGCCGUGGUGGCGCCAAGUCCCUUGUGGCAGCAGAGAGGAAUCAGUUGGACCUCACGGGAGCUUGGAUGGUCAUGGCCUUUACCUUGUACUCACUGCUGCAGGCAGCCCUGCUCUGUGUCAGUGCCAUCGCCAUGCUGCACAAAGAGAGAUUCCUCAAGAACAUUGGCUGGAGAAUAGACCAGAGAAUUGGUGGAUUCGGGGAGGAGCCAGAAAUUAAAUCUCAGCUAAUGAACUGUAUUCAAUCUGUAACAACUGUGAUGAGAAUGCCAUUGAUAAUAGUAAACUCAAUUGCAAUUGUGUUACUUUUAUUAUUUGGAUGAAUAUCAGGAGAGGAAAUGGAGACUCAGAAGAGAUGCUAGCAGAAGUUAUUAUUUAGGUCAUUAUUGGAAUAAAGGCUGAGAUG